CACUAUUGAUGACGGGCACCCCCAGAAAUGGCUAUAAAGCAGUGCUUUGGUCUCCAGUUCCACAAGGCGACAUCGGUGGAGAGAAGAUGGGUGGCCCCAGUUCAAUGUCCCUGCUCUUCCUCCUCCUCCUACAUGGCAUCUCUGUGGCCAGCAUGACCACCAUCUUUCCAGCAGGAAGCGAGUCAUUGUCUGAAGCAACUGUAUUUCCAAACGUCACUUUCCGUGGGCUGAACUGGAAAGAAGCAUCUGCAGCUGCGCCCCAGUUGGUGUCCAACAUCAGUGGCUCUGUGGAUGACCGUGGGCUAUGCCACUGCUCCGUGUUCCUGCCGGAAGAUGCCUUUCCUGCACAGCGGGUGGAGGCCCUGGAAGGCCUGGCACGCUCGCUCGCAGAGAGGUUGGACAGAGAACUUUCCAAGGUGACCGAGUACAUGAAAGUCGUUGACGCCUACGGACAGAAGCUCCUGAACCUGACACACAAGGUGGAACAGAUGCACACGAGCCAGGUCUCCUACACGGAGCUGGAUUUCGAAGUCCUGAAGCUGGAUAUCCAGGAGAUGGAGAGCCUGGUCGUUCAGCUGAAGGCCUCCAUGGGGGACAGCAACGUGAUUGUCCAACAGCUCUACGUGGAGAUCAAGAACAUGAGCCUGGCGGUCACUCACCUGGAAAGCCUGGACAAGAACAACAUCCUGGCCAUCCGCCGGGAGAUCGUGGCCCUGAAGCAGCGGCUGAAGGAAUGUGAAGAGCCAAGCUCGGCUCCGCUGGUUCAGCCAGGUUCCUGCAACCACACUGGCCUCGUGAACAUCAGCAAGCCUUACCCAGUCCAGUGGAACUGGAGAGGCUCUAGCUUCCGGUAUGGAGUUUGGGGCAAAAGCUACUCUCCGGACAGUCCAACAAGUGAAGUCUAUUGGGUGGCCGCUCUGAAUGAUGUCCGGCUCAUGCAAACUAUUAAUCUUUACCCAUCCUAUGAUAACCUAUUAUUGUACAGACCAUCUAAGAGCCUUGAUUAUAGGUAUGGGCAAGGAAGUGGAGCAACAGUGUACAAGAAUUUCCUGUACUUUAAUGGCUAUAACAGCAAUUACAUGUAUAAACUGGACGUGAACUCCAACUCUGUGGUUUUGAGCAAACAGAUCCCAGGAGCUGCUUACGAUAACCGCUUUUCCUAUGCUGGGGUUGCUUGGCAAGACAUCGACUUUGCAGUGGAUGAAACUGGGCUGUGGGCAAUUUAUUCCACCGAGGCAAAUACGGGGAACAUUGUGAUCAGCAAGCUCCACGAGGACACCCUCCAGAUCCAGAAGACCUGGAAUACGCGGCAGUACAAGCCCUCCGUGAGCAGCGCUUUCAUCAUCUGCGGCGUCCUGUAUGUCACUCGGUCCAUGAACACGAAACAAGAGGAGGUCUUUUACACAUUCGACACCAACACUGGGAAGGAGGGGCGGAUCAGCAUCAUGAUGGAGAAGCCUUUUGGGACCGUGCAGGGUGUCGACUAUCACCCCUCAGACCACAAGCUGUAUGUGUACAACGACGGCUUCCUGGUCACUUACGAUCUGGAGUUCCAGGGAGCGUCUCUGUGAGAGCCUUUCCUGGCUGGCAAACCCUCUGGCUUCUCAGCGUCCCUUUCGGAUAGAUCUUCUCUCUUUGCUGCAGCUGACCAAUCAUGUCUGUGAUUUUUUUUUAAUCAUUUCACACGUCAAUUUUGUAUACUGUAUAUAUAUAUGAAAAUGACUGUGUCAUGGUGUCAGUGUGAAUGUAAAA